GUUAGCUCCUCGCCUGGAAAUUCCCCGACACGAGGCUCAUCACUCCGCCCAUGAUCAUAUUUCGAGACUUACCUCCUGAGCCCGACUCGUCGGUGCGAGAUGGGCUGGAUGAUCUGGACUGCACCUUGCGCAACUGCCCCUUUCCUGGAGUCUGCUGGAAGGCCAGGUUUUCCGUCAUCCUCGGACUCCGACCGAGACAAGCUCCGGACGACCAACAGACGAGUAACGAUAUCGGGGGGGUGAAAUCAGCGAGAGAUCCCGGGAGAGAUCCCAAUCGCAACGGCGUUCAGGGUAAGCGGCUUCGUAGUAUCCGAACCGAGCUGAACAUUGAUCAACACCGUUGCGCGACCCAUCAAUGGUUGCUACCGGUCCAUUGCGGGGAUCAAGAACAGCGAUCUCUGUUCCGGGAUGGGGACGAGGAACCUGGGACGAAGCAGUUAGACCAUCGGAAACCAACAGAAGGCGUUUUGCCAGUGCAGUCCAGAGCCCCUUUUGGGCAGUAACGUCCACACACACACCCACACCCCCCCGAACGGACUUCGGUUUGCAGAGAAACUCUGCCCGGGGGGGGGGGGGGGGGGGAGGCAACGGCUGUUCUGCCAGACUUGGCGUUGGAGAGAAAGUUACGGGCGCAUAUACCUUAGCAACGGAUGGAAGCAGAGUAAGCGGAAAAGAGCCAAGCAGUAUACAGCGACAGAUGGUAGGAGGGAAUGGAUGAAGGCGAGUAUAGGUGUGUGUAGUGGAAGUGUGUUAGUCUACCCCCUCAGGGCCUGCCAGGAAGUGAAAAGUGGAAGAUGAUCAAAGAGUGGUAAACAAUUAUUUCCUAGCCCAAAGGCUCUCUUAAC